UCCACUCGCUAUCAAGCCAGUGCUAUCAUAUUACUGGAAGCCAGAUCUAAGCUCAUUUGCUGCUUCUCACACAGCAUUAACUGUAACGAGCACUCCAGUAAAAACCACAAGAGCUGCCGCAUGCUACAAGAAACCAGCAGCCGCAAGCUGCCUCCGCCGCGGGCAAGAACAAGUGAUCAGGUGCCAGGCUCUUAUGAGCACACACUUUUAUCCCUAGUGCCGCCAGUGUAACUCUUGACCUGAAGGUGACUCAAGAGUGCCAUCGAGUCUGUGAUCCAUAUCUUCAGCGCCAAUGAGGAGGUUCGACGGCCCCUCCUGCCAGGUCUCUAGUCAUCGAUUGACCUCAAGGUGACGCUUGACUUUUACAAUACCGAGACUCCCUCAAGAUCUUUUGUUACGCACCUCAGGGGGAUUCUUAUGCGCUCCUCUUGAGCAGGACUUACGCGCUACGCCGCCAGUGUUUACCGCUUGACCGACGAUUGACAAGUGCCACGAUUUUAUUAGUUGUUAAACAACGUAUGAGUAUAUCAACGACGCGUUGAAGGGUAACAAGAAGCUAAGGGUGAUAGUGUCGCAAGUGGAGGUGUAACUUGCUGCGAGUGUCACUCAAGGACCACGGUGAUUAGGGUCACAGUGGUAGGGCCACAGUGGUAGGGCCACACAGUGGUGAGGGCCACAGUGAGGGCCAUGGUGGGGCAUUAGGUCAUGAGCGGGAGCCCCAGGACGAACCAGCCCUUCUCCGUCACCUCCCUGCUGAGCCCUCUGGACACCCUGGCCUCUACUGUGGACGUGGCAGCAGCAGCAGCAGCCGCAGCAGCAGCAGCAGCAGGGCGGGGCUCCAGUGGCAGCAGCAGCACCAGCAGCAGCACCUUCGCUGCCUCAGGAAUUGCCGCUUCGGCCUCCGUUAACGACUUCGCCGCCGCCAUGCAGAACCCGUACGGUAUGAGCCCCAUGGCACACAUGGCGCAGUUCGGAACUCACUCGACGUACCAGUACUGCAACACUGACCUGUCCCACUACGCCGCCCCCGCCUCCGCAUCUUGGUAUGGGACUUCCACCUCAGAUCCACGGUUUGCAAGUAAGUGUUCAUUCUCACGGUUAUUGGAGGGCUACAAACAGAUCAUGAACAAUGGGCUAAGUGACGUUCUCUCCACCUGCAGUAUGGGUGACAACAAGGGAAUGCAGUUCCCACUCUCACAGCGCAGAAAGCGACGGAUCCUCUUCACACAGGCGCAGGUGUUGAGCUGGAAGCGACGCAUUCAAGCAAGCAGGAAAUACCUCUCUGAGCCUGAGAGGGAAUCACCUCGCCUCUCCAUCAAUCUCACGCCGCAGCAGGUGAAGAUCUGGUUCCAGAACCACCGGUACAAGAUGAAGCGAGCGGCCAAGGAGAAGGCCAUGUCUGAGCAGACUCCGUCCUCUAACCAGCUCUUAGAAGUGGAUCACACAAGACUGGGGUCGGAGGCAGCAGGGAGGCAACAAAGGCCCGAUUCUGAAACUGUAUUGAGGUGGCGGCUACGCUGCAUGUAUUUCGAAUUUACUGCAGCACCAGCGGGAAGACUUCCGCCAGUGGCCCCGCAAGGACCUUCACUACGGUCUCUCUCCGUCUCUCUCUCUCCGUCGAUCCGGCCAUCCGAGGUCCAGAUUGCACGGCUCGAGGAUCCUGAAAAAGAAACUACGACCAAUUUUCCUCAUUUUUCUCGGCCUGUGGCAGUAGUAGCAGUGGUGAUGGAUGGCUCGCAGGCUUCUAGAAAUGGAGUAUCUUUCUCAGCGAGAGUUCGACCUCGACUUGUGACCAAUGUUUGUCCGGUCGACCAGAGGUUUGGCGCUGCUGAAGUUGAUUCUCAGCUCCAGGAGGAACUAAGCCUCUUGAAGAGCAGGGAUGUUGUGUACAGUCUCUUUAAAUAUCGUUUGGACAUGGAUUUUCCUGCCCGGUGUCUGCUUCUCAGCGGUGACCUUGCACAAGUACUUGAAGGAGAACACCGCGCACCUGCCAAGGUGUUCAUCUCUCAGUGUGCACUGGCUGAGGGAGCUUACUUUAACUACCCGCUUUAG